AUGUUCAUUCGAGCAACAAAACCCCCAAAACUAUUCAUCUUCCAAAUUGAAAUUAACGAACCAAAACAACACGGAGUGGAGCAUCUUUUAUCAGUUCCUUCUCUUCUUCUUCUCCUUCUCCUUCGACAUCUUCUCUACAUAGCACUGAACCCCUAAUUUAUAUUUACUUGAUACCCAAUUAGGGUUUCCGUUAAACCCUAAAAGAUGAGGCUGCUUAAAGUUGCAACAUGCAAUCUGAAUCAAUGGGCAAUGGAUUUUGAUUGUAAUUUGAAGAAUAUCAAAGAAUCAAUCACUAAAUCUAAACAAUCUGGUGCAGUUAUUCGACUUGGACCUGAACUUGAAAUCACUGGUUAUGGAUGUGAAGAUCAUUUCUUAGAGCUUGAUACUGUUAGUCAUUCAUGGGAAUGUUUGAAAGAAAUUUUAGUUGGUGAUUAUACUGAUGGAAUAUUAUGUAGUAUCGGAAUGCCAGUAAUACGAGGAUCUGAGCGUUAUAAUUGUCAACUUCUGUGUUAUAAUCGAAAAAUUCUGAUGAUUAGACCAAAAAUUUGGCUUGCAAAUGAUGGAAAUUAUAGAGAAUUGAGAUGGUUUACUGCAUGGAAACAAAGAGAUCAGCUUGAGGAAUUUCAACUCCCACCAGAUGUUGCUGAAGCUUUAUCACAAACAUCUGUGCCUUUUGGUUAUGGAUACAUUCAGUUUCUAGACACUGCUGUUGCUGCUGAAGUUUGUGAAGAACUCUUUACUCCUGUACCUCCGCAUGCUGAGUUAGCUCUUAAUGGUGUUGAAGUAUUUCUGAAUGCAAGUGGAAGUCACCAUCAGUUAAGAAAGCUUGAUGUUCGUCUUCGUGCUUUUAUAGGUGCUACCCAUACUCGUGGAGGGGUUUAUAUGUACAGUAAUCACCAAGGAUGUGACGGUGCUCGUCUUUAUUACGAUGGGUGUAGUUGCGUGGUUGUUAACGGGGAUGUGGUUGCUCAAGGGUCUCAAUUUUCUUUGAAGGAUGUCGAGGUUUUGGUUGCUCAAGUUGAUCUGGACGCUGUUGCCAGCCUUAGAGGAUCAAUAAGUAGUUUUCAAGAACAAGCCAGUUGCAAGACGAAGGUUUCAUCGAUAACAGCACCAUAUAAGCUCUGCCAAUCUUUUGAUCCCCGACUUUUGCUUUCGAGUCCAUUGAAGAUUAAGUAUCACUCUCCUGAGGAGGAGAUAGCCUUUGGUCCUGGUUGCUGGAUGUGGGAUUACCUAAGAAGAAGUGGAGCUUCUGGUUUUCUGCUUCCACUUUCUGGGGGAGCUGACAGUUCUUCUGUAGCUGCCAUUGUUGGAUGUAUGUGUCAGCUUGUUGUAAAGGAAAUUGCAAAUGGGGAUGAACAGGUUAAAGCUGAUGCAAUAAGAAUUGGUCAUUAUACUGAUGGGAAGUAUCCAACUGAUAGCAAAGAAUUCGCCAAACGCAUAUUUUACACGGUUUUCAUGGGAACCGAAAAUAGUUCAGACGCCACAAGGUCACGUGCAAAGCUACUAGCCGACGAAAUUGGUUCUUGGCACCUUGAUGUUUCCAUUGAUACUGUUAUUUCUUCCUUGAUAUCCUUGUUCCAGACACUUACUGGAAAACGUCCUGUGUACAAGGUUGAUGGGGGAUCAAAUGCUGAGAACUUGGGGUUGCAAAAUAUCCAAGCUCGUAUUAGAAUGGUUCUAGCAUUUAUGUUGGCAUCUCUCCUUCCUUGGGCUCACAGCAAGCCUGGAUUUUAUCUUGUAUUGGGUAGCUCCAAUGUGGACGAAGGAUUGCGGGGUUACUUAACAAAGUACGAUUGCAGCUCUGCAGAUAUAAACCCCAUUGGAAGUAUUAGUAAGCAGGAUCUUCGAGCAUUUCUGAAAUGGGCUGCUGUCCAUCUCGAUUAUCCAUCCUUGGCUGAAAUUGAAGCCGCCCCUCCAACUGCUGAGUUGGAGCCUAUACGAUCCAAUUACAGUCAGUUGGAUGAAGUUGACAUGGGAAUGACAUACGAGGAGCUCUCAAUUUAUGGAAGAUUGCGAAAGAUUUUCAGAUGUGGUCCUGUGUCAAUGUUUCAGAACCUUUGCUAUAAAUGGGGAGGAAGGUUAAGUCCAUUAGAGAUAGGAAACAAGGUGAAGUACUUCUUUAAGUACUAUUCAAUUAAUCGACACAAGAUGACCGUAUUGACACCUUCCUAUCAUGCUGAGAGCUAUUCACCUGAAGACAACAGGUUCGAUCUUCGCCAGUUCCUCUAUAACUCAAGUUGGCCACAUCAAUUCCGCAAGAUUGAUGAACUUGUAAACCAGUUAGAUGGCAAUAAACCUAUUGUGGGAGCAUCUGCUGAGCAUGAACAGAUGGGAGUCGCCUUAGAUCGGGGCGGUGGUGGAAUGGGGGUUGUGGCGGCAGGCUCAGGUGAUCCUAGAGCUGGCCUGUAGGUCAGGGUAUCAUAAACCAAUAAUAAUUCUUGCUCCCUGCGUCCCUCCCUCUCCUCUAUGACGCAUAGCCUGUGAAGCAUUAUUGAAGGAAAGGUUCAAUGGCUUAAGGAAUUGGACAAGGGAUAUUUGGAACUGUUUUAUCGUUUAAAAUCUAGUAUUGUUUUGUCAUUUAGGAUCUAGCAUUUUCUCAAAUCUCAACCAUUUGUAAGUAAUAUGAAUGUCAACCAACUAUCCUUUUCCCCUAUUCUUUUCACCUCUGGUAAUCUUCU